AUGGACCACUUUACAGCACUCCUCGCUUCUGUCGCUACCCUUGUGCAGCCAACCGUUGAUGCCUUUCUCCUCCAGCCUGCCACGUGGCAAUCCGGUGUCCUUGUCACGUCCACAAAUUUCGCCGUCUUGCUGCCCGGACUGCUCGCCGGGCUGACCGUGCCAGGGGUGCUGUCCGCGUUUCUCCUCGGUGUGACUGUAUGGAGGGCGUUCUACUGGCCAGGCUACCUCAUCCUCUGGCUGUACUUCAUUCUCGGAACACUGGUAACCAAGGUGAAGCUGAAGCAGAAGCAGAAGGAGGGGAUAGCGGAAAAGCGUAGCGGCAGGAGGGGACCGUGGAGCGUGGUGGGAUCAGCUGCUGCUGCGGUGGUGUGCUGCCUGGGAGCCAUUGCUGCUGCAGGAGGGGGAGCUGGAGGGGGGAUGGAGGGGGUGGUGCUGCCGAGUGUGGCGGUGUGGCAGCUGGGGUAUGUGGCCAGCUUUGCUACCAAGCUGUCGGACACUGCUGGCAGCGAGAUUGGCAAGGCGUUCGGCAAGCGCACUUUCCUGGUGACUUCCUUCCAGCCAGUUCCCAGGGGCACAGAGGGCGCAGUGAGUCUUGAGGGAACGUUGGCAGUCUCAAUGGUGACCCCUGGUGGAGCCCUCUUCUGUAUGCUGGCAUUACAAUUUGUGACAUGCAUGGACUUCACAGCUCAUUCCACACUGCGUCUUGCAUUCUUGUGCCCCAUUCACCCUCUUGCAUGUCUUGAAGGCGAAGGGGACAGUCAAGGAUUAGGCGCGGAGUACGCGCGGAGCAGGCGCAGGGGAACGGGCGCAGGUGGUCAGGCGCAGGGGAACGGGCGCAGGUGGCCAGGCGCAGGGGAACGGGCGCAGGUGGCCAGGCGCAGGGAAAUGGACGCAGGGGAACAGUCGUCCCUCGCGUCCCUAGAUGCGGACUUCUUCUCCUCGCUCCCUAAGGACCUCGCUUCCCCCUCCCCCCUCCUUCCCCCUUCCUCCCUUCCCCACUUUUCCCCCUUCCCCCAGUCCUCCUUCGCGUCCCUAGACGCGGACUUCUUCUCCUCGCUCCCUCGGGACCUCCAAGUGGAUGUGAGUGUAGGGGGGGGGGGGGGAGGGAGAGCUUUUAACUCGAGGGCACGGUAUUUGAUCUUACCAGUGGAAGUGCCGCCUCAAAUGAGUCACCUUUUCUCCCUCCUCCCCUCCCUUUCUCCCUCCUCUCCUCCCUUUCUCCCUCCUCCCCUCCCUUUCUCCCUCCUCCCCUCCCUUUCUCCCUCCUCCCCUCCCUUUCUCCCUCCUCCCUUCCCUUUCUCCCUCCUCCCCUCCCUUUCUCCCUCCUCCCCUCCCUUUCUCCCUCCUCUCCUCCCUUUCUCCCUCCUCCCCUCCCUUUCUCCUUCCUCCCCUCCCUUCUCCCUCCUCCCCUCCCUUUCUCCCUCCUCCCCUCCCCCUCUCCGUCCUCCCCUCCCUUUCUCCUUCCUCCCCUCCCCGGCCCCCCUCCCCUCCUUCUCUCUCUCCUUCCCUCCGUCUCUCCCUCCUCCCCUCCUUCUCUCCCUCCUCCCCUCCUUCUCUCCCUCCUCUCCCCCUUCUCUCCCUCCUCCCCCCCCCCUUUCCCAUCAGCUCGAGGACGCAGUAUUUGAUCUCACCAACGGAAAUGUGCUGGCAGAGGUGCGUGGGUGGCGGGAGGGGGAGAACAGGGGCGGGGCAGGGGAGGAGGGAUAG